UAGGACACGCGCUGUGAAAGUAAAUCCAGGAGGAGGUCGAGGUAUGGGAGGUGCUGUUGCGGAGGGUGAAUCCCGGGUCGCAAGGUGUCGUCGGGUUAGAGCCUGGAAGCAAGGGAAGUUGCCUGACCCCGGGGUUGUGCGGGGAGGGAGGAUCAAUCACCCCCAGCCUACCCCAGGCGGGUUGGACUCGGCAUUAACUGAUCAAGAAGGCAGCCCCAAGGCAAAGUCUCCUUAAGUGGGGAGGACACCCCGGCCGCUCCGCCAAGGCCUUGUGCGCUUGUGUGGCCAGACUGUGAGCCUCUGGGGAGACGCAAGCCAGCGGAAGGAAAGAAAGGGACGCCAGUAAGAGCCCACGUUUAUUCGCGCCAUUUAGCGCCUUAUAGGUUAAACUUUCAAAGCACUCCUGUGAGCAGACCCUGUUGUUAUUCCCGUUUUGUACAGGGGGACACGGCGACUUAAGUUAAAAUGACAGCUUUGUAAAUAGUAUAAAGAUGGGAGGUUGGGUUAAGUAAAUAGUGAAACGUGUAAGUAUCUCUAAAGUGGUGAUUCCAGAAGGUCAACAAAAACUGUUUCUGACCUUCAGCACUUCUAGUAACAAAAUUCCUUUGGUGAGUCAUAACAACCAGAAUGUUAAACUUUGAAAUUUGUUUUUCAGGUGAUCAAAGCCACAUAAUGUCAGUAGUUCGUUCAUCCGUCCAUGCCAAAUGGAUCGUGGGGAAGGUGAUUGGGACAGCAAUGCAAAAAACAGCUAAAGUGAGGGUGACCAGGCUUGUUUUGGAUCCCUACUUAUUAAAGUAUUUUAAUAAACGAAAAACCUACUUUGCUCAUGAUGCUCUUCAGCAGUGCACAGUUGGGGAUAUCGUGCUUCUCAAAGCUCUACCUGUCCCACGAACAAAGCAUGUGAAACAUGAACUGGCCGAGAUCGUUUUCAAAGUUGGACAAGUCAUAGAUCCAGUGACCGGAAAACCCUGUGCAGGAACUACCUACCUGGAAAGCCCAGUCAGCUUGGAAACUACCCGCUUAACCAAAAAUCUGGAAGAACUGAACAGCUCUUUAGCACAGUGAAGGACGAUUGGAAGGAGACAAAGGGAAAGAUUUAUAAGUUUGCUUUACAGAAAAAGAAAUUUUUCUAAAUUUCAUUACAAACUGUCCAAUUUCUCUUCUGGUAUUUAUGGAAUAGCUAAAAGUAAAUGAAGUAAAGGCCUUGUUAAAAUUUUUCAUGAGUGUAAGGUCAUGUUUGAAAUUUCCUUUUCAUUGAACAUACUUUCCUCUUACAGGAAGUGUACCUAGUAAUCCCCUGCAUGGUUUUGUAAGCUCACUUUUUUAGAAGGUGUAUCUUUUUUUUUUUUUCCAUUCAAAGGAAUCUUGAAUUUAUCUUAGAACCCUUAUUUGGGGAGGAAAAUACCUUUUGAUAUCUUAAAACAGAAGACUGCAUUAAGUGAAUAUUUAUUUUUGGUGGUAUAUAUUUGAAACUAAUUUGAAAUUUUUCUUUUUUUUUUUGUUUUUGUUUUUUAAUGUUUAUUACUUUUGAGAGAGAGAAAGACAGAGAGCAAGCAGGAAAGGGGCAGAGAGAGAGGGAGACACAGAAUCCAAAGCAGGCUCCAGGCUGUGAGCUGCCAGCACAGAGCCUGACCUGGGGCUUGAACUCAUGAAUGGUGAGAUCAUGACCUGAGCUGAAGUUGGCUGCUUAACCGACUGAGCCAUCCCAAUGACCCUGAAAUUAUUUCUUUGAUUUAACCAAUUACAAAUGGAAAUAAUCAGCAGUCUGGUUGGGGUCAGACCUUAUAAUAAGAAUGUCGACACAUAGAAAAUAAAACUUGAAAAUUC